GUGAAGUGAGGUUCCGUUCGCGCUCGGUUGAAGGUGCGAUUUUUUGCUGCUGUCGUUUUGUUCGUACUGUUCGUCACGCGCGAAAGCUCCUGGAAACGAUAAAAAACGAUAUUCUACCGCGAGGUGUGUGAUCUAUAGGUUCGAGUUUGGUUGUGGAGGGAACGGACACGUUUGCAAGUUGCGUGAGAAUCCUUACCGUACUCGCCUGCUUUGUUACGCGCAUGUGCUGUUUUGUGUAACCGGGUGCCGUGAGGACAAUGGAAAUGCAAAUACUGUGCUUCUCCUGUGUAAUUUGAUAUGCUGUUUGGUGCCGCGAAUUCGGAGUCCUGUUGUUAUGUUUGGUCGCGCCAUCGUUUUGUUGAUGUCUAGAAAAUAACACUGAAUUCAUUCUGAAUUAGACACGGUAUGCCUUUGCCGAAGGUGCCUUCUAAUAGCGAUUGUAUGGCUUAGUGACGGGCGUAUCGAGACAACCACCGAUAGCGCAGUGUUUAAAGCAAGUAGUACAAAAAGUGCCGAGUGUCCAUGAAUAAUUGCAGCCUUUAGUGAAAUUAAUUGGCUGUUGAUGACAACUCAGAAAAUACUCGUCUGGAAUAAGCAGGCCUUGGAGUAGUUUUAAUAUUGUUUGGAAGCGUAAAAGUGACACCCUUCGAAGAAAACUGUUUUUGUACCGACCGUUAGUGUUGUAGGAUCUGGCCCCCAGGAAACGAAUUGAUAAUUCUAUUAGCUGCUGGUGGGACCAUGGAAGAACAACAAGUACAGCAGCAGUUUCGAUCGGCAUUCUCGGAAAACCUUUGAAACGGUUCAGCUCCAUUACGGACACUAAUUAGCGACUGUUCGUGAAGCGCUGAAGAUCUGAAACUCCCGCGGCUCACAGCACUGAACCAAUUAUCGUCAAUUGUUUGGUGCGAAACAAGAGUAAAAUAACACCGUGCCUUCAUAGUGACUAAUUGCGCGCAAAUAAGGAAAGUGAAGAGCUCCACUCGCCAUACUCGAGACAUUGAUAACCCUCAUCAGGUACUCCUACUAAAACUACCGGGACCAUCAACUCGGCCGGCUGGCCUUGGAAUUAAGACCGCGGAACGGUCAAAGUCAGUGUCACUAGUCACUAUUAAACAGGGUGCAAUCGUUGGAAUCUGGUACUCGAACGAGUGUGCGUGUGUGUGUGUUUGUGAGACUGUCCAUCAAGCCAAGCCACGAUCGAAGGACCGAGGAUUAUAGUGGCAAUUAGUGCGAUUCAUGUGUUCUGCCAAAUCGUUAUUCAGGAUUUGCCGCCAUUUGUGCUUUGCGAAGCACCAGUAGUCGCUACUGGGACUAGCUUUUCAAGCUGCAUCCUCUUCCUAUUCCAUGCCCUGCAAUCACAUCCGGAUUAACUAACAACGCCCGGUAACAAGAAACAACCGGUACCGGAGGAACGCGCGCGCUCGCUCGCUCAGCGUAGAACCAGCUUUCCCGGGUGAGAGAGUACGCGUAAGACCGGUUCAAAAUUUACAACAUCGCACGGCUCGCCGAUCUAGAUCAGCCCGGUAGUCACCGACCAAUGGGCAUAUCGGAUGAGGGCAAGCUGUUAGGCACGGAGGACAUACCCCAUGAGGCUCGGCCACCCCAGGGCAGUCCACUGGAGCGCUGCAGCAUCGGUACGGGGGGGUCCAUCACACCAGGCGGCCAUCUGAUGAGCAGCCCGGGCCGGGACCCGAACAGUCCCCUGUCGGAUCAGCACAGCGACGACGAACGGAACGAUGACUACACACCAAAGAGAAAGCAGCGGAGAUACCGGACUACCUUCACGAGCUUUCAGCUGGAGGAGCUGGAGAAGGCAUUCUCGAGGACUCACUAUCCGGAUGUGUUCACCAGGGAAGAGCUAGCAAUGAAAAUAGGACUGACAGAAGCUCGGAUACAGGUUUGGUUCCAGAAUCGACGAGCCAAGUGGCGCAAGCAGGAAAAAGUCGGCCCUCAGGGACAUCCUUACAAUCCGUACCUGGCUGCCGGGGCUCAGGUCCCGUCGGCAACAGUCGUCGCACCUUCGCUACCUCCUAAUCCAUUCACCCAUCUGGGAUUCAACCUAAGAAAACCGUUCGAUGCGGCCAGUUUAGCGGCGUUCCGCUAUCCAACGCUAGGUGGAGGUCAUGUCCUACCGUCAGCGUACUUUAACCAAUUUCACAGAACUCCACCACCGCACCUACUUCCGCCGGGAGUUGGCGCUCUGUACACCCCGUCAGCCUCGUUUCAAACCCUGCUGGCAAACAUAUCAGCCGCCCAGCGAGCACCACCGGUGAUGCAAUCGAAACCGUCUCCGCCGGGUGGUGUGACAAGUUCCGACUAUAUGUCGGCAGCGGCGGGACCACCACCCUCGGCCAAUCUUUCGACACCGGCAUCGCCUCCGGUGUCACCAACCUCAGUGCCAGUUGUUUCUUCGCCGGUACCGUUAGGCGUUUCGGUUUCAGCGUCUGGGUCAACCACGCCACCUCAGGAUCGACGCAGUUCGUCGAUUGCCGCCCUCAGGCUGAAGGCCCGCGAACACGAACUGCGACUGGAAAUGCUUCGCCAGAACGGUCACAGUGAUAUCAUUAGCUAAGGAUCGAUCAGCGGUCGAACUGUCCCAGAAUUCCUUUAACAAAUUUCUAUUCAAAGCCGUACUGUAACGGAACAGAUCCCAUUGACACUAUGUAUUAAUUAUUAGCCACACCUAUCUCACUCACUUUCGCUGAAUUUGGGUACGCUCGUGUACAGCCUUAGGACAGUGCCUUCUGUCAACAACACAAAUGACGCACUGCAAUGAUACAGUCUGUAGCAAUUAGCAACAAUCCACAGAAGCAGUGCUGCCAAGGCCAGAAAUGUCGACUUAAUUAAUCGAAACCUCACGCAAAUGUGACGAUCGUUUCAAACCUGAAGCAAGAAAAAAUAACCAUCCCUGGAGGGCAUGUUUCACCUUUUCUUCUCUUCCAGUUUCUGCAAAUUUGUGGCGCACAUAAAAAAAUGAAGCCGGUAGCGAUUUUCCGUCAACGAUGCUGAAUCGAACCGGAAUGAUCAUUCCCGGAAUAUUGCCAUUCCAUUUGUCAUUGGCGUGAUGCUGGUUCAUCAGUGGAGAAUGUAGUAGUUGAUCGAUGGAAUGAAAAUUGUCCAUUUCUAGGGUAGCAGGUUUAAAUUGGUGAAUUGUAAAACGCUAUUCUGACACGCGAUGUUUUCUGGUUGUUUCGGCAUAAUUGGAGUCAACGAAGUAACUGCAGGUAGCAGAACUCUGAUGGGAAUUGAAUGCUACUAUUCGUACUUACACACUUUAUUUUAUUUGCCGAAUAUCAGCUGUGUUUUUACCGUAAAUUGUAUUUACGUGACUUUAAAAUUGAUUCAUAUGCUAGUUUUUGUAGUUUACCCUCAAACGAACAGACAAGAAACUCGAACAUAAUUAUUUGGCACCUUUGACGGUCAAUUUGAAUAUAUUUUUGAUUGGGACCAUCAUCGCAUAUUUGCGCAAGAAUACCGGGGACAGACCACUAGAUAAAAGUUAUUGGCAAGUAUGAGGGAUAAACCAUUUGCAAAUGACUGUUUGCUAAAGUCAGACCCGAUGAGAGGGGGGAGGGGGGUACAACGGGAGUCACAUUUUUGGGACAUGAAGGCUAUGAAUAAUUCACCUAGUAUUCAUGAAACUAUUUGAGAUUCUAUAAAACCAGUUCACGCCAACCAAUACAUGGCGGCUGCCAUCAAACGUUUGAUUGGUAUCAUGGCUAUUAUUGUUUUCCUUGUACCACGAACUUAAUUGUGCAUCGAGAAACGAGCUGUUGAUUUAAUAAGGAUUCAUGUUUCGUGAAGUGGGCUAAUUCUUUCCUGAACCUGUUUCGAUUUUAUGGUCUCAUUUCAUAAUUUGAAGAUAAUCUGAUUUGUAUUAGGUAUACCCAGGUUUUUUUACGCGGGGGAUACGCACCGCGUAAAAAACCGCGUUAAUUGGAAAAUGCGCGUAAAAAAAACCGCGUUAAUUCGAAAAUCCGCGUAAAAAAACUCUCAGCAAAAGACUUAGAACAUUUUUGGACGGUCGUAACCCGGACGUAACACAUGGCGAGAAACUCGAAGGCGGCCAAGUGCCGAAAGCUUCCGAUGGAAUUCCGGCCAUUCGUGAUCAAAUCCGUUAGUCAUGGGUGUGUCCCAGUCGAGGUGAAGUUUCCAAAGACUCUGCAGCAUGAUUUUAGCCUCUACAAUGGUCGGUGCAAUAAAACCUAAUGGGUCGAAAAGACUACUGAUCUGAUCGUUUGUUCAGAACCAUGCAUUCCUUCCAAUUUGGCGUCCUUAACGAAAGGACUCAACGGCUCCCAGCGGAGGCCAAGUGCAGUCACGGAGGACUCGUGGUCCAAUUUGAGCAGUGUUCCCGUCUCUCGGAGCCUGGUGGUGUUGUCGAGUUUCAUCACAGCGUAGUCUGGAAGGAAGUAUUGCGGUUUCCUCGGGGCCAAUAUGUCCCAAUCUCACGAUCUCGUGGAUGAACUACUAGUACAUCGCCUUCUUCUUGGGACUCGCACCGAGUGAGCGUUCUAGACGGAAGAAAAAACGGGAGGCGUUGUAUUUGUUGUCCUUGGGAAGCUUGACAACGUAACGCUCGUCGACGUUGCGGGUGAUGUUCUUCAGGAAAUGUUUUUCGCAGUAUCGAUCUGAUGGAGACCAUCCUUUUGCAUCGUGGGCUUCGUUGAGCUGCCAGAAUCUGUUGACCAAUUCAUCGAUUGUGCAGGGAUUGCUGAACUGGUAAUUACGUGGAUCGCUGUGAUCGUUGCUUUCCCAGCAACGGAGACGACCCAACUGAGUUCUGUAUUCUGCAGUAGCGGCAACUCUUCUACCGUAUCAAAGAACUCGGAAGAAAUGGGCGGCGCCCAGACUCAUAUCGAUGUCGCCAGUAACAGCGAAAUUUGGAUCUGCAUGUUCUACGUGCUUUGGGAAUGGACAGUGGCGGGCUUCUACCGUCGACUGAGGCAGCUUCACGGUAAUGGAAGGGAGUGACUCGAGACAAGAUGGUGAUCGUAGCCUGGUAUUCGACCAGCUUUGUGUUUCCGAUAUCGCUUAUCGGAAUAGCAUGCGGCAAUCGGAUGCGAGGAAGUUGCAAUCGUUCGCAAAGAGCCCCAGAAUCAAAGCUGCGUUGGGAAGCACAGUUCAGCAAGCAAACAGGCGGUAAUGUUGCGACCUCUACCGUUACGGAUGUUCACUAGUGCAGUUGGAAGGGAAACGGUUCCAGGAAUCGCUUCACCAGAGCGUGAUGCAAGGGCAGUCUGAGAAGUCAUGCAAGGCGUAUGAACAAACUGGGACGACAGUGAAUUUGGAGCAUGCAGCACCGAUGCUGCGGUGAGAGUCGGUUGGAGGGUAGCACAGCAAGUUGAUCUGGUGGCUUGACCACCAGAAGCCAGCGAUUGGCGUCAGAGGGUGCAGUAUUAAGAAGCGUGUGGUGCACCUUGACACAGAACUGCUCCGAGCAUAAUCGGAACUUGAUCUCAAGCAGCUCAUGCAAACGUUUUUCUGUCUUACCAGAACGAUCCUUUGGCGAAAGUUGAGUUUCCGGCAGUCCAGACGAGUGUACAAGUAGUGAUUCUCACCGCACUUGUCGCACGGCUUCGGCUUGUUGACGCUGGAAGAGGGUGCACUGGAUGCUACGGCUUGCUGCGUAGCUACGACUGGUAAGGCUGCUAUCUUUGAUGUCGUAUUUGGCUUGCUGCGAGGAGCAGCAGUGUUCGAAGUUGCCGAAGUUGUCGAAGUGUUCGAAAAUGUAUAGUAGGUGCCAGAAAUUGAUUUUUGACGCCAUUUUGAAAUCCAAGAUGGUGACUUCCGGUUUAGCGAAAUUCGCUAUAACUCAAACAAAAUGCAUAUUUUCGGAAUGGUCUUGACGAGUAGGUGCCAGAAAUAAAUAAAUCUACACCUUCCCCGCAAGGUUUUCCAUGAAAAUUGAUUUUUGGUGCAAUUUUCAAAUCCCAAAUGCGACUUCCGUCUGGCUUAGCGAGAUUCUCUACAACUCAAUCAACAUGAGUAUUGGUUUGACGGUUAGCAGACAAACGGUUGGCGUCAUUUUAAAAUUCUAGAUGGCGACUUCCGGUUUACCGAAAUUCCCGCAUGAAAAAUUUGGGCAAUCAUCUAAAUCACCCUCAAAUAUAAGAUCUAAUCAUAAACCAGCAAAAUGCAAAAUAUUUUUAUGUGUUCAUCCAGGAAAGUGCGGUGAGAGUUGGGGGUUUGAAUUUAUUCAAAUUAAACAUAUUGCUUAAAUUUAAAUAAAUUCAACUGUUUAAUUAAAACUAUUUGUACUACAACUUCAACUUCCAAAAAUUCCAAUAUUCAUUGGGUUAUAGCGAAUUUCGCGAAAUCGGAAAUCGCCAUCUUGGAUUUAAAAAUGGCGUCAAAUAUCAAUUUUUGGAACCUACUCGUUAAGAUCAUUCCAAAAACUUUCAUAUUGACUGGUUUAUAGUGAACGUGGCUACUCCGGAAGUCGCCAUCUUGGAAUUCAAAAUGGCGUCAAACAUCGAUCUUUGUCUACUACUCGUCAAGACCAUUCCGAAAAUAGCCAUAUUAAUUGGGUUAUAGCGAAUUUCGCUAAACCGGAAGUCGCCAUUUUUUAUUUCAAAAUGGCGUCAAAAAUCAAUUUCUUGUACCAACACUUCAAGACCAUUUCGAAAAUACCCAUAUUGAUUGGGUUAUAGCGAAUUUCGCUAAACCGGAAGUCGCCAUCUUUGAUUUCAAAAUGGCGUCAAAGAUCAAUUUCUGGAACCUACUCUUCAAGACCAUUCCGAAAAUGCCCAUAUUGUUGAAGUGCGGGCCAUAAGGAGUCUUCCAGACCCGUCUCUUUCAUUUUUCCGAAAAUCUUCUAAGUCUGUUGCAUUCAAAAGGACUCUUCCAAGUUCUUUGCAGAGCUUAGAUUUUUUUCAGAAAAAAGUCUAGUCUUUUGCAUUCAAAAGGACUUAGAAUAGUUUUUCUAAAACCGCGUUAAUUGGAAAAUCCGCGUAAAAAAAACCGCGCAAGAAAAACCGCGUAAAAAAACUUGGGUGAAUAUCCACUAACAUCGUCGAGAAUUUCGAAUGACGGGAUUUUCAGACGACUCAUGUUCAUGAUUAAAGGAGUUAAAUCAUGAUUUUCAGGAAUCAGGAAUCAGAAUAUAUUGGCUCAAAUGGCAUGUUUGAGGAGGAAGUAGAAAUGGGAGAGUGGAAAAAAUAACAGCACAAAAACAAACAGCAGGUAAGUUAAGUCUAAAGCUCUUUACCACAUUGGAUAAGAAUCUUUAGUAUGUCUCUCAGUUUCAGUCGUCCAAACAUGGUUUCGUCUAUAUAAGCACGGCCAAAAACUCGAAAUCGCAAUUGCGCUACUGCUGGGCAGUUGUAUAUCAGAUUAUAUGAGUUCCAUAGUCGGAUUCACAAAGACCGUAUGAAAAAGACUCAGCGUGCUGAAUAAUUACCAUGUGAUAAUAGAGUUUGCAGUGGCCGGUUCAAGCCCUGGUCAGCAUGCCGCAGUGGAGUUUCGAAAAACGUAGGAGAUUUUUCGAAAUCACUGGGCACGGUUGUUCUAGAAACGUCUUUGUUUAGCGACACGUUUGUAGAUUUCUACAAUAAUUGCGGUGCUCGGACGACACCCAGGACUGUAUUGUUUCCCUUAUCAAACUUGUCGAAAUUGGCAGCGCGGGCUCAGGACCAACGAAGUCAAUCGCUGAACCUACCCUGACCAAUUCGUCAGCCCAUUCAUUUCCAGUAAUACCGCAAUGUCCGGGCACCCAGACAAGGUAGAUAGUGUUGACAAUACUCAGUUAUUCGAUUUGGGUUCGGCACGCGAUCUCUAGUUUGGACCGUGAUUUGUCUGAGCUAAGGACCUUGAUUGCAGCCUGACUAUCGGAGCAGACGUUUAUAACUUUACCGGACAAGCUCAGUUGAAGGGCCGAUUGUACCCCGCACAUAGUUGCAAAGAUUUCUGCUUGGAAUACAGUACAGUAUCUGCCUAGUGCGUGAGAUUGUUACAAUCUCAUUUUACGACAGUAGACACCAGCACCAGCACGUCUCUCCAUCAGAGAACCGUCAGUAUAACAGAUCACUUGCGUUUGUUGUUUGUCUCUUCAUUUAGCCAGACAGCCACUCCCCUCGAAUGUCCUAUAAGUAAAACGACAUGUGAGUAUAAUAUAGCUGAGAGCAAGAAUAUCCUCACCCCAUGUAACCAUUUGUGACCACAAUCGCGUAUGACUGGUAGCAAGAUAUUAUUAUACCGUUAUAUUGUUAUCUGAUGAUAUUGUUAUACUGGGCGACUUCAACUUACCUGGCUUGAUGUGAUGCCAGGCAAGUAAUGGUUUUCUACUGUUGGAUAUCGAAAAAUCUUCGCUUAUCGACAAUGUCAGUUGUAGUCUGGACAGCUACAGCAGCGCAACUCUUCGGCUAAUGAAUAAUGUCACCAACAAGAAUGGGCGUACAUUAGACAUUACAAAGCAGAGUGUAAGCGUCCGGGACUAGGUUCCGUACUGCUGCGCCGCUCCGACUCCUUUAGUCCGGCAUGUGCGCAAAUUGUCCAAAUGGUAUGAAAUUUGGCAUCUGAGCUUACAUUGAUAUUUGUCACAAUAUUAGGCCUUUGAGAUUUAAAAAAAUAAGUGUUUUUUGCAAU